CCUACAUCAAUGCAUGCCUGGAGGCAUCAGCAGGCCACGUAACUGAUAGACCCUACUCAUGACAUGAGGUCGCCAUACAGCUCUAGCUAUCGAAAUGGAUUUUCAAUGCUGUAUGCACCCCCCCGACGCCUCUCCUUCAAGUUCGCCCAUGACUGAGAAAAAUUCGAGCUCGCCUGACAUAGCUGUUAAUACCCAGGACGUAGCAUUGCUUCUACGGCCCCAGCCACAUGUCUCUCUGGCUCAAAACGUAGAAAAUCAUGACUCUACAGGUCACGAUGAAUCGGUCCUAAAACUUUACGCGAAGAAAGCCCACUUGUACGAUAAAGCACGCUUCGAACUCUGGCACAAACGACUAGACCUACAGCUCCUCUUCGCUGGGAUAUUCUCCGCAAUUAUUUUGCCUUUGAUCGCGGAGACCUACACUUUCCUGUCUGAGCCUGGCCCACCUGCGUAUGCAAUACGCAUCAAUGCUUUUCUUGCGAUCUCUUUAGUGAUCAGCGUAAUGACUGCAGUAUUUUCCUUGCAUUGCAAGCAGUGGAUGGACGGAUACGACGUUGAUCUUCUUCUCCGUUCCGACUUAUCUGGUGACAUUCAAACUUUGGCCAAGUCUUGCAGAAUACAUCAAUAUCGCUUUCAAGCCCUUGAGCGGUAUCAUUUUCCCUCCAUUGUCGGUCUGGGUGCCCUUUUCAUUUAUGUCGCCAUUGUCUGUUUUUCUAUUGCUUUGGUCGACUUUUUCUGGCAAUUAUAUCGUCCCAUUGGUGUGAUGCUUGCCGGCCUUUCCGGGAUGAUCAUCUCGCUGCAUAUCCUCACAAGUAUCCAGCCCUGUCUCUCAUCGGCUUCUCCUUUCAAGUCACCAUUUUCCUACCUCCUAGUAAACCUUUGGCUCGGGGCUCUCGACGGGCAGCUGGCAACGGACGGAAAAUUCGAACAGUGGGAACACAUUGUCGUGGAAGACCUGAAACAACAUUUAGAUGGUGGGAUAGCUCAUUGGGCGACCUCUGACGCUCUACAGCAUCCCAUGGGAUAUCCAUAAAUGCAUUCUUCGGAAAACGGAAAAUGUUGCGGUUGGUAGUGGUAGACUCGGAAGUGAUCAAGUGGUUCCGAGCCGAAAUUCACGACUAUUGGUAAAAGGAUCAUUUUUGACAUUCAAGUUGAUUCAUUUAUAGUAGAGCACAGCAGGUAGACACUAGACAGCGGAACGAUAUUCAUCUGUGAUGAAUGUCUUGUAUACGUUAUAUAUGUGCUGAUAACAAUAUGGAUCUGUUCUAUAAAAGUCGACGAUUAAAUACAAACUUACGGU